UCAGCUUAAAAUUCUGCGUAAUUCAUGAAAGACUUUUUUUUCCAGUGCAACCUUUUUGAACUCUCUCAUCACCGCUUUCAAGCCAGAGUUUCUUGCAAAUAAUGCUUCCGAAGUUGUUGACCUGAUGCAUCAGCAGGACGAGUCGAAUGAAUUUUCGCUUCAUUUGCUGUACCGAUCCCUGGGUCUGUGUCUGGUGGUUGCUGAUCCGGAGCCGGAAACUAGACUGCAGCUGGUGAAUAAGGUUUGGAAAGGAGUUGGGAAAUUGUCUUCUGCGGAAGCGUACGUCUCUUGUGCCGAAGUUUGGAUUCAGUUUGUCCUCAAGCACUUCUCGACAAAGGAGGUAAACGCCUUUAUUGGCAACGUCGUCAAACAUGUGGCAUUGGAGAAAGACCGUGAAUCGAUAUAUCCUAGUUUGCAUUCCAUUUUGGAUAAAAUUUUACUCAGCAUCGUGGAUUUCGCCGCUUUGUUUGCUAUGGAUAAAUUCUUACCUUUGUUGGACCUGUUUGAAAAAGAAUCGGAUAAGGUGGAAGCGUGCAAAAUGAUAAUUGAUGCCUAUUUAAAAAGAGUAGAUGCUGAUUCAGAGCCAUUGAUGGAUCCAUUCAUCAUCGGUGCACUGAUGAACAUUUGCAGGACGAUGCACAAUUCGCUGAAUGCGUUGAGUGUUGUGGAUGAAAGGAGGAGAAUCGGCAACUUGAUCAACGGGUUUUUGCUGUCAGUUUCGUACGAGAAAGAUUUUGAAGCGCAGCUGAAUUUCUAUGCAGAUGCCCGGGCCGCAUUCUCCAUCUUGGAUUCCGUCAUGUCGUGUUUGGUGCAGAGGGUAAAUACCUUAGCGAUGGCGACGCUGGAAAUCAUGGAAGGUGUGCAUUCCAAGAAAACUGGGUCAUUCCUCAGAGCUUGUGUAGCCUUCUGCUUCAUAACAAUUCCGUCUAUUGAAUCAACGUUGACGAGGUUGGAUUUGUAUUCACUCACCGGACAAGUUGCUCUGGCCAAUCAGUGCUGGGGGCAAGCGGAAGCCUGUUUUCAAGCAAUUGUUGAUGACUUGAAGCUGUUGCCAAAAUGUAUAGAGAUUGAUGGAAGAAAGGCUUCAACUGAUCCUUGGUUUGAGCAGUUCGUUAUGAACUUCGCAUCAGCGCUUCUUUUGUUGCCUGAUGCCUCGGAUGAAGAACCGAUGGUGGUACUAAAACGCUUGUUGGACAUGUUGGAUGCUCAUCAAUGGGAAAGGCAAACUGAUGGAUUAUUCCGAGUGCAAUUGGGCAUUCUUCAGCUUCUGUCUGCGGCGACACAAGAAGUUUACAUCCACCACAUUGAAGGAGUUGAUUCCAAUGACACUUUGUACGGAGGGCAGGGAACAUUUCUGCAGGAAGUUGAAGACUUGGCAUCUGGCUUAUUGGAAGACUUGUUGGGGAAACUGAAGGAGUGCGAGGAUCAGCAGGCUUAUCAACGGCAGAUGGAUAUGGGUGUAAGAAUGCUGGAUACUUUGACGCAGUUUGCCGAUCUGAGGGAACCAGCUUUAGUGAAAUUGGCUGUGAACUUGUGGAACCUGGUGCAGAGAAACGGCGGGGCUGUAGGUCAAAAGUUGCUUGUGCGAAGAUUGGAAAGUUUGAAGAGAAGGAGUGAGUCUGGCUUCACGGAUGACUCGGGAGUUGAAGGAUUAUAUAGUUUGAUCCCAAAACUUCAGUUUAAAAGUACCGUGUGAUUCCAGAUUGGCCAUACAUGCGAAUGGAAUUUAAUUUAAUUAGGCGCGGAUUCCUACAAUUACAUACGAAGUACAGGUGGUACCUCGCAAUUCGACCCUAAUCCGUUGCCAAACUAUAGGGUCGAAUUGCGUGACAGUCUAUAAAAUCUAAGGGCAAACAGCACGAAAACACUAGAAGAAGAGGCUAGAACAGGUCAAAUUUUGGGAAAGAGGUCGAAUUGCGAGGCACAAUCUGUAUUACUAACACCCGAAGUAAGGUUAAAUGUUGCUUGGAUUAAAUCCCGGGAAGUUGAUUUGAGUAAUCAGAAAAUAUUGGCCAUUAUUUUCUCAAUCUUCAUGUAUGCAAAUGUCGCUUAUAGAAUUUUAUCCCCAAGGAAGCUUUGAACAAUUUAUAUGUGAUCAAUACCAUUCAAUUGUGAAAUUUCUUUCCGGAUAUCCUGAAUAACAUACUUUCUGAAAUUUCAAACA